AUUUUUUAAACAAUACUCUUCAUUUUUUCUUGUCUAGAUGGCUCCAGGUCGCCUCUGCUUGCUGCUCAUCCCAAGUAACUCGAUUGAUUCAAUUAAAAAGCAGAGUUUGGUAUUUGGUCCUCUCUCCCUAUCUAGACGGCAAGAAAGCUACCAUGAUGGCCUGAUUUCUUGAGAAUCGUGCGAACGCGGAAAGGGAAAUCCAAUGAGAGGAGAGACUGCUUCUGAAUCCCUCUAGCACCUUGACGCAAGCGAGAAGACGGAAACG